AACUCAGGGCUGCCUCCGCACCGGGGAGGGGGGCUCACUCGACUCGGCAUCCAGCCUUCUCCGACCCCUGCUGACCAAGAACUCAGGGGCUGGUCCCCAGCUUGCCACGCCUCUUGGGUUGCAUUUCAGGGAUGCCAGAGGCCAUGACUCCUUUGUCAGAGCUGACACCUCCUCACCUGACCCCUCUGGGAGAGACAGGACUGCCAUCUCCCAAAUAAGCCGUGCCUGGGCCCUGAGAACCUGGGCUUUCCCUUCCUGGCCUGUGUUAUGAAGUUGCCAUGCGUUGCUGGGCAAGCACUCCCUUCCGGGUUCCCUCCCUUGUUGAGGGGGGUUUCCCAGACCUGGCUAACCUGAUCCUCACUCUGCGUGUGGGUGAGGGGUAGGAGGGCAGGGAGUUAGAACUCCAAACCCAGGACCGGCAGGGCCAGGGUGCUAAUGCCCUCCGAUUCUGCUUAGGGCCCCUCUGAAGUCUGAGGUUUUUCCUGGGCCUGUGGGAGGUGGGCGGGGCCUCCUCAGGCCAGGCUCCAGUUUCCUUGGAAACCCACAGGCUUCCCACCCUAGUCGGCCUGGGCAGGCUCCCAGCCGGGGCCUCAUUUGCAGUUAGCUUCUCCUCCCCCAUUUAGUCUGCUCCAACUCGGCCUCUUUUGGUCCCCUCCCUGGCUCCCCAAGCCGAGCCUCUGGCCUCCUCUACCAGCCUCUGAUGCCUCCUUCAGACACCUGGGCCUCCCCUGCCCCAUCCCUCAACAGCUUCUCAGCAAGCGGGCCUCCCAAACCCCCGCCCCUCCCUCUCUGGCCUUUCUAGUCCCUUUACCAACUGUAAGGCCUGGCCAGGCCUCCUGCUCCUUCCCAGCUACUGCCUCCCACAUACUGGCCUACAACAGGCCUGCUAGGCUAUUUCACUCCCCCCCUGCCCCCGCCCACCCAUGGAGACCCCUGGACUGGUGCAUGGGGGAGCUGAGCGCUUUUCCAAAGCCCUCCGGAGCCUCGUCAACAAUCGCCUGUACAGUGAUGUUCGCUUUGUGGUCGGUCAAGAACGGCAGGAGGUGUUUGCCCACCGGUGCUUGCUGGCCUGUAGAUGCAACUUUUUCCAGCGACUUCUGGGCCCAGAGCCAGGCCCUGGGGUGCCUAGCCCGGUGGUGCUAAGCACCAUACCAGCGGAGGCCUUCCUGGCAGUGCUGGAGUUCUUGUACACCAACAGUGUCAAGCUGCACCGCCAUUCUGUGGGUUUAUGGGGCAGGCCCCUCUCCUUUCCCUUGCCUCUGAUGGGUUCAUUUCAUACCCUUCCUCACACUCAUUCUGUCCCGGAGAGGAACAUGUACCAACACCGGGAGAAGUAUCUUACUGUCACAACCUACAUUCAUUUCUGUUCCCAGCUAUGUCUGGGGUUUGUGGUGAAGGUGCUGGACGUGGAGCUGGUUUGUGAGGCCCUGCAGGUGGCUGUAACCUUUGGUCUGGGACCUUUGCAGGAGCGUUGCAUAGCCUUCAUAGAGGCCCACAGCCAGGAAGCACUUCGGACCCGUGGCUUCCUGGAGCUGUCAGCGCCCGCGUUGCUGCUCCUACUGCGCAGUGACAAGCUCUGCGUGGAUGAGGCUGAUCUGGUCCUGGCGGCCCGGAGCUGGGCGCGCGUGGGAGCGGCGGUGCUGGAGAGGCCUGUGGCCGAGGUAGCAGCCCCAGUGGUGCGGGAGCUGAGAUUGGCCCUGCUGGCCCCGGCGGAGCUGAGUGCCCUGGAAGAGCAAAACCGGAGGGAGCCGCUCAUCCCGGUGGAGCAGAUCGUGGAGGCGUGGAAAUGCCACGCUCUGCGAAGAGGAGACACGGCCCGAGGUGCGUCGUGCCGCCGCCGGAGGGGCACCCUGCCCCGGGAGCAUCACCGCUUUCUGGACCUGCCCUUAAAGUGACCGAAGGCCAGGUCUCGCGAGGAAUGCCGGGCCUCUCCUAAACUACAUCUCCCGACAUGCUCGGCCCUCUGAGCGGGCUUCCGCUCCCACCAUGCUCGGCGAGCGGCGCGCGGGAAGCCCCGGCCGGCCGGGCGCAGAGCUCUGUGGGCGGGGCCGAGGAGGGGCGGGGAGGGCGCGGGCGUGCGCUGGGCCCCAAAUCGUUUUCCCUGACGCCAUACCCUAACCCCACCCGGCCCCUGGGCACUCUCGCCCGCCCCAUUUACUCUGGCACUUCCCGGCUCAGCCCCUUCUUUCAUUCCAGACCUGCCUCCUGGAGGCCGCUUUGUAACUGCCCCACGGACACCUCAGACUCUGUUCAAAACCGAGCCUCGUCGUCUUUCCCGGUUCCGACCCCAUGUGUGUCCCAUCUCCGUGAGCGCCGAGCCCGCACCCGGGCCCCUGGCCUCCUCCUCCCCUCGCGCCUGCUUCCGCCGCCUUCACAGGGACCAGGCCGCGGCUUGUGCCAGGCCCGAGUGUGCCUUCGGACAUGAGGGUUAUUUUAAGCUGCCCUUUCGAAGGGGAAGUUUAUAUUUAUAAAGGAAUCUCCAUGUGUGAGGGCGCCUCCCUCUGUCCCAGGAGAAGGAUGACUCAUCACGAGGAGCUCGUCGGUGGAAAGGCGCCCCUGAGAGCCGACCGCCCUAUCCUCUCGCCCCGCUUUUCUCCUCUUCGGCGGGAGGUGGAGUUUCAGCGGGUGUUUUGGGCCGCGCAGGGACUUCCUCAUCCUCCCUGGCCUCUCCAUGUGCACACCAAGUGUUCACGUUAAUAAACUUGUUUUUCUCUUGUUCA